AGAGUUGUAAUUGUGUUGACUUUUUCUUGGAGGAAAAGGAAUACAUCAGGCAGAAGCCUCUGUAAAUGCAAAUAUUCUUUCAGGAGUUUUCUAUUUUCUAAUGUUAAUUUAGAAUUCUUAUGAAUAAGGGGGAUUUUAUUUCCUUGUCAGGUGUCUUGGUAACUGGACAGCUUUGGAGGGGAAAAGAUGAAAAACUUGCUUGCCUCAUCAAUCACUGAUAUAUUAAUGUCAUCUCAGUGUUCCCCAUGUGAAAGAAAAAGUAACCUUCUGCUUCGACUUCAGGAGAUAAAGCCUCAAGUCUAUGCUGAGAUGCUGCACAGUGUGUUGUGGUGUUUGGGACGGUGGAUCUCCCAGAGAGAAGAGCUUCUUGCUGACCUCUCAGUGCUACCCAGAGGCAGUGAUCCAGAUGGACAGAGGAAUAAGGCGUCUAGAGCCAUGGAAGAUUGCAGUCAUUGUUGUGUCGGUGAUAGUAGGCUUAGCCCUCAUCAUUGGCUUGAUUACAUUUCUUCUGUGCCAUGAUCAAGAUAGAUACUACAAUGCAUCUUUCCUAAUCACCAAUGUUGACUACAAUCCUCAGUAUGAAAGGCAAACUACAGAUGAGUUCAGGAACCUAAGUGAAGAUAUUGAAACUAUGAUAUCUGAAGUAUUCAGGGGAUCCUUUCUGAGCAAAAGAUACAUCAGGUCCCACGUAGUCAGUCUAAGCCCAGAUCCUGUUGGAGUGCUUGCAUCUGUUGUUCUGGUAUUUAAAUUUCCCUCUGCUGACAGUGAAGCAGCGACCUGGGGUCAAGUCAACCGUGUGUUACUCAGAAGGCUGAAAGCAACCUCGACAUACCUGAAAGUUGACCAGUCUACCAUUAGACUCACAGAGUUGAACAAGGAAAAGGGAGAUAAUCUUUUAAACAACUGCUGUGGAAUACGAAGACAGGCGUUCUCCUUCACAGGAGUGGAAAGAAUAACUGGUGGGCAGCGUGCACGGGAGGGAGAAUGGCCAUGGCAGGCGAGUAUCCAGCUGGAUGGGACCCAUCGCUGUGGUGCGUCAAUCAUCAGUAACACCUGGCUGGUGACUGCAGCCCACUGCUUUAGAGGAGUAAGAGAUCCUCGGAGAUGGACUGCCAGCUUUGGAAUUCUGCUGAGACCUCCAAAACAGAAAAAAUUUGUCCGGAGAAUUAUUGUUCAUGAGAGAUAUGGUGACCAUCUCCUUGAUCAUGAAUAUGACGUGGCUGUUGUGGAACUUGCCUCUGCUAUUGAGUUCACAAGUGACGUGCACAGUGUCUGCCUUCCUGAAGCAUCUCACAUUUUCCCAGACAAUGCUUCCUGUUUUGUCACUGGCUGGGGAGCUUUGGAGAAUGAUGGCUAUAGUGUUAAUCAGCUCCGACAAGCAGAAGUGAGAAUUAUAAGUACAGAGGUUUGUAAUAGGAGACAAGUGUACGGUGGAGCGAUAACACCUGGAAUGUUGUGUGCUGGAUACUUGGAGGGGCAGGUGGAUGCUUGCCAGGGUGACUCUGGUGGGCCACUGGUGCAUGCAAAUUCCAGAGGAAUCUGGUAUCUUGUGGGAAUAGUGAGCUGGGGAGAUGAAUGUGGCAAGCCAAAUAAACCAGGAGUAUACACACGAGUGACUUACUAUCGAAACUGGAUCCACUCCAAAACGGGCAUCUGAAACCUGGAGCAAGUUAAGUUUUGUGGGCUGUGUACAGCUAUUCUUCUGACACAUCCUGCUCUGUGGUCACCCUCUAAGCAGCCACUGGCUUAGCUUGUGGUCAUGUAUAAAGUACCUGUAAGCUUGGAGCAGUCUUGGACUUGAAAUUGGUUUGGCCUACAGCCAGACAGGAAUGGACUGGAUCCAUGUGACAUUUGUUUGUUCGGGAAGCAGUCUGUCAGAGGCACAACUGCCUUCAUCUAUAUGCAAUACAUUGCCCCUUUUUUUUCUCCAUGGCCACAUGUCUUGGCCCCAGCUUUUAUACCCAAGCAAAGUGUUUGAGCCCAAACAAUCAUCUACCAGUAUCCAAGAGAAGCUAUAACAGAAAACCUGGCCCGUCCAUUUGCUGUGUGCUCACAAAGCCCUAUUUAUCCAUAGACAAGCUACAAUCCAGGCCCUGACUCCAAAGGCUGCUGUACUUCUGAAUUCUUGAGCUUUCUCCUGCAUCAUUCCAGGGAGUGCACUAUAAUGAAGAAUGGAAGAUGGCUUAGAGAAGUCCUGGUUCCUAAUAUCACAUUGAACUGUUACUUAACUGAAUAGAGAACUUUUCCUUGCCUGAGAACAACAGGAAAACAACAGCUGGUGUCCACCUUCUUUGAACAAGUGAACGUAUGCCUGCUUAUCACUUCAUAUAAGCAGUCUCUACCCCAGCAGUUGCCAGGGGAGCAAUUGCUUAACUUUAGACCAAAAACCACUUUAUGCUCAUACCAGUCUGCCAUCAUAACACAAUAUUUGGCUGAAUUAAUUUCCAUUUUUAUCUUUCCAGAAUGUAUUUUUCUGAAUAAAAAUCCUUUGUCUUUUGUGCAGGACGGACAAUUGUAACAAUCUUAAUAUGCCAAAAAAAGUCUCAAACUUCCUAUUCUUGUGAAUCCUCACAUCUUCACAGUUUUAUAUGUGAAUCUUUAGCUGUAUCCUGUAAAAAAAAAAAAAGAAAGAAAAAAAAAAAGAAAAAAGAAAAAAAAAAAAAAGCUUUUGCAUUACAGUGGAAAUGCCCCUCUCUUUCAGAGCAGGACAGAACUUCUGACAGCCCCAGAAAUCCUAUCUGCAUAUCUCUCUCAUCUCGUAGAAAGUAAGAAUUGCCUGUGUUGCAUUGCCAGACUGUAGCUGACUCAUUUGAUCUCAGCCACACAAACCUCAUAUUCUCUUUGGCUUCAGGAGCCCAUGUUUCUGUCAGCCAGAUAGACAUCCAAUGCUUUCUACAACCCAGCAGCAGAACAGACUUAUUCUUGGUGGGGAUACUCUGUUUGGUGUGUCUGCAAGCUUUCCAACACUUUAUGUGGAUCCUGAUCCUAACAACAGCAAGAGCUCUGGACUUAAUUGCUGGUUAAUGAGCCACUCAACUGCUCUCUUCUCCCUCUGUGGUCAGAAGAGAAAGAACUCAGGAGAGGAGAUAUUGGCCACAUUGCCAAGACUCAGAGUUGGCCCAGCAUGGCAAGCAAGCAAGACCCUUCUGCCAGGCUAGAAAAGGCAAACAGGAGGCUUUCAGCAUGCCCUCAGUUAGAAGGGCUAAGGGAAACAGGCUCUCAGUGGUUAUAGUCUUAGGAUCAGAGUGUUCAAGUUGAGCACCAGUCAGCUGGCAAAGUCAAUGGCAGUUCAGGGAUCCCCUCUGGACUGUGCAGCUCACUGCCAGUGCUGUCAAACAGAGCAGCGAUCCCUCCAGAGCAGUGAUAACAGAAGUAUUUUGAUUACAUGUCCUGUGAACAUGUCAGUCAUGUCAGUCAGUCAUUUGUCAGUCCAGAGAACAGUACUUUUCUAGAGCCUUAUUGGGGAUACUGGAAUAGUUGGAAGCCCACAGAGGGUCUGCAGCUAUUGUAUGCUCUAUACUUGCAUACCUGGCACUUGAUUUUUUUUUUUUUCCCUCCAGGAACUUUUUUGUAGAAUGUUGUGAGCUUCAGAAACAAACUUGGUGGUUUAAUUUCUAUAUAGAAAAUAAACACUGUCAGACUGGUUCCAUAGGUCUGAGCCCAACAAUUUCAUUUCAGCCUCUUCAUCCAAACAUGUCUUUGACAUAUAUUGCUUGUUAGAGGAAGCUUAAAACUGAUAUAUGACAAAUAUAUAUGAAAUCUUUUUCUUGUAACAAUGGUCUUGCCAGGAUGGUGAAUAAAAUUUUAUACUUUUCUUCAUGAAUAUCAUUACAAAAUAUUAUGGAAUUUCAGUUCUCAAAGCACUUUAUGUUUGGGUUUUCAAAGGGCAUAAUGGUUUCCCCAUCUGCUGGAUUUCAUUGUAACUUGCACACUUCGCAUUUUUAGGGUUGCAAAUACCAACUUUCUCACUGAUUCCCCAAAACAGAUAAGUCAAAAAAAUUAAUCUUGAAUCUGUGAACUUUUUAAUUCGCUUCUUUUGGGUACUAUAUCAGAAAGCCUUAAGCAUUUAGCUCAGUCUCAAGGGCUGGAGUAAAUCUCAUUCUCGAAAGUAGUGCAAACAAAACUUAAAAUCUCAACUAGUCAUUUGUUUAAGGAACUGCCAUUUCUGGGGGUUUACUUGUAGAGAUACAGUACUUGAUCUCCCUUAUUGCUGAGUGCCAGCACAGUACAGCCAGGAGUGGGGAUGAAGAGGACCUGGCAUCUACUUGGUGGAUGUUUUGGAAGCGUUUAUUUUGGACUACCUUGUGGAGAUUCUCCUUAUAGCACCUGGAAAUUUCUGUUCCAGUUCCUUCUGGAAGCAACAAGGCCCCUUUCUGAUGCAAAGCAGUACAAAUUGUGACUAUGAAGAAGAGCAUUUGAAAGAACAGACUUCAUCCAAAGGAGUAUUGGUAUGGUUGGACAUGAUGGGCCUGAAUGACUUAACUUGUGGCAAAACUACACUGAUGUCAACCUUGUCUGGCUUUUCAUGAGGGAAAUUGAGGAAACCUGAAGCCAAAACUUUUUGUUUGGUUUAGAUGGUCUAGCAGACCUGUAUUUAUUUUAAGCUGCAUUUUCACCUAUUUGUGAGGCUACAAGCUGCAGUCUCUCUCAUAUGUGUUUUUAGAGGAGUUAACAUCUUCACUCAAGGUGG